UUAAAAAAUAGUUUAAGUGGAAAAUUAACUUUUAUUUUAUAUUAAUUUACCUAAUUAAUUUAUUUUUGAUUGUUUAACACAAGAAACCAAAGGCGGAACAAAAGGAAGAGUCAAAGGUUUUCUUCGACGACAAAGAAUGUCUCCGUUAAGACGCGAUGGUAUUGUUCCCGAUAUUAUCGAUUCCAUACCAAAAGACAAGUUAACUAUCAAAUAUCCAUCUGGAGUUGAGGUCAACUAUGGCAAUGAAUUGACACCGACACAGGUUAAAGACCAGCCACAGGUCAACUGGCCUACAGAGUCGGGUGCAUACUAUACGCUAGUAAUGACAGAUCCCGACGCUCCAAGUCGUACAGAUCCUCAGUACGGUCAAGUCAAACAUUGGUUGACCAUUAAUAUACCCGGCACUGACAUCAGUCAGGGACAUGCGUUAGCUGAAUAUAUCGGUUCGGGACCACCACCUGAAUCGGGUUUACAUAGAUAUAUAUUUUUGGUUUACAAACAGCCGGGCGUUUUUCAAACUGAUGAGAAACCGGUUACCAACCGAUCGCGUGAGGGGCGCAUGAAAUGGGAUGUCAGGGAAUGGGCUAAAAAUCAUAACCUUGGAGAACCUGUAGCUUGCAAUUAUUACCAAGCUCAAUAUGAUGACUAUGUACUUAUUUUGCGUAAACAAUUAGAAAACAGUCAGUAA